AGAGCUACCAUAUAGACACAAGCCCGAUAGACUUGACUAAGAUUGGAACCUGCAGGAUUCUGUCUGGACGUUUCCCUCGGCUUGACCGCGCUUCUUCUCGAAAUGUCGCAAACGACGACGAUCCUGCGGAUAUGUCUGCUCUUGCUGGCCAGUCUAGCUUGUGUACUCGCACAGCAGGAUUACUACAAGACUCUGGGAGUCUCGAAGAGCGCUGGAGAAUCCGAAAUCAAAAAGGCUUACCGCAAGCUGUCUCGGAAAUACCAUCCAGACAAGAACUCUGCGCCUGAUGCCGAAGAAAAGUUCAUCUCCAUCUCGGAAGCCUAUGAAGUCCUGUCAGACGAGGACAAGAGGUCGAUAUACGAUCGAUAUGGGCACGAGGGGUUGAAGCAGCACGAGCAGCAGGGCAAUCGAGGUGGGGGGCAUCAUAACCCCUUUGACAUGUUCAGUCAAUUCUUCGGAGGAGGGGGUCGAGGUCCUCAGGAGAGAAGAGGGCCGGAUAUGCAGGUCAGAAUGGACGUCGAGUUAAAGCACAUGUUUGUUGGGAAUUACGAGGAGUUCACCCUCCCUCGCAAGACCUUGUGUGAUCAUUGUCGAGGAUCCGGGGCCGCUUCCGACUCUGAUAUUCACACGUGCAAGACCUGUCGAGGUGCUGGUGUCACCAUCCAAAAGGCUCAGAUCUUCCCUGGAAUGUUCACCCAGAUGCAAGCGACAUGCAACACCUGUCACGGAAAGGGCAAGACGGUAGCCAAACCGUGUCCUCACUGCCGCGGACAAAAGGUCGUACAGAGCGACAACAACCUCAGCUUCUACCUACCUCCAGGCGCUCAUGAAGGCUUCGAGAUGUUGUUCGACGGGGAAGCGGACGAGAGCCCAGACUGGGAUAUCCCCGGCGACGUCCUCGUCAAGGUGUACGCGCACAAGGACGCCGAGUGGAGGAGAAAAGAUGCGGGGCUAUAUCGCAGAGAGAUCAUCGGGGUCGAUGAGGCACUGUUAGGGUUCGAGAGGAAUCUGACACAUCUGGAUGGCAAGACCGUAAGGAUCGCUCGCCCGGGGACUACCCAGCCAGGUCACGUCGAUGUCAUCAAGGGAGAGGGAAUGCCAGCACAUGCUCAUCUACCGCAUGGUGACCUUUAUAUCGAGUACUCAGUCGUCAUGCCAUCGAGCGUUUCAGAUUCGACAAGAGACGCUCUGGAAGCCGUGUUUGCCAAGACUCGAUCGAAUAGACAUAGAGACGAGUUGUAGCAUUUACUAUACAGCAUUACCAUUGGCAUGGGUCUUUCUGCUUACGUAAUCUUGUGAAGGGUGGAGGUCGAGAUUUCAGGUCGAGGUACUUGCAACUCAUGUCAUGUAUCAAUUCUACUCUGUCUACUGCUACCUACUACUCGAGGGA